GUAUUAAUUUUAUCAGUAUUUCUCCAUAUUGGUGUAUUAAUUAAUUGACCGCCUCUGACCUUAACUCGGUUUUUGUCAAAUGUGUUGGCUAUUCUUUCUUGUUGUUUUGUUUAUUGUGCGCACAGCUGUUUGUGUGUGAUGUCAUGUGAAUUUACGUAAAUUACAUUUGGCACGCACAUAGAAGCUUAGCUUUGCCCUUGGCAAAAGCAGUUUGCAUGCGAAAGUCAAUUCACUCUUCCCGAGUCCGGCGGGUGUGGGGCGAACGUUGUUAAGUGCUUGAAAAUACAGCUGUUGAAUUGCUGCAACAGCUGUUUGAUUGUGCUGGUUGCAAUUCACUUCGCCACAUUUCAGAAAAUGGGGCGGCAUCAGGAAAAUCGCCUAAGAUUGUCGUCAAGAACGAAAGUAGCCGAAACAGAGCAUAAAGUCGAUUCGAAAUUGGCGAAGACAAAUCCGAAUGGCCAAAUUGAGUGCAUUAUUUGCAAAGUCACUGUGAAAUCGGCCACAUUAUGGAAGGUGCAUGUAAACUCCAAGUUGCACAAGGAACGCAUAACGAUUGUAAAGCAAAUAAAAUCAUCUUUUAAAGGCGGCAUACCGGAAACGAGUACGAAGUUGUCCACGGUCACACCACAAAUGCCAAAAUCAUCCACAAAAGUAGUAGAAACGCCGAAAGGGGCUGUUACAGUCCAACAAAGUCUUAAAAGCACACAACAAAUUAUACCAAAAACGGCGCCUACACCUGUAUCUACUGAAAAAUCCACAUCCGCCAAUAAUGUAGACACUGUGUUGCCAGAGAAGUUCUUUGAUGAUCCCGUGAAGGAUGCGAAAAUUCGUAAUGCAGAAUAUAAGGACCCACAAGCGGAUGAAUGGGAACGUUUUCAGCGUGAAAUUCGUGAAGCAUCCUCUGUAUCUGUCGCAAUUAUUGCUGGUGAGCAGAUGGAAUCGGCAUUCGAUCGUGACUUGGAUGAGAUCAAUGAUCAAAUGAAGCAUUGGUCUAGGUAUAUGAAUUUGGAGGCGCGCAAGGGCGUGCUUAGUGUAAAUAAAGACCACAAAUCCGAAACUCACAGUUCUGAUGAGAAUGAAAGUGAUGAUGAGACAACAGCAACUUCUGAAUUUUCGGACUGGCGUUCGAAGUCAUUUCUUUAAAACCACUUUUUGAGCGAUUAUCUGAUCUGAUCUGAUAUUUACUAAUAUAAAUAUGUAUGUAAAACAAAUAUGUUAUGUUGGUUAACAUCUUCAUGGAUGGAAUAAAAUAAUUCUUAAGAUUCAUUAUUAAACAAAAA